AAAUUAUAUAAUAAAAUAUAAUAAAUUAUACGUCUAAAUAUUACAAAUGGAAAUAUUUUUGUAGCAAUGAACAGUGUACUCGAAACUUUAGAUAAUAAACUUCUUGCAUAUAAAAGAUUAUUAUUUAACAAGUAUAAAGAAAGGAAGAAGAUUAUAUUUAAUCAAUUAAUAGGUUUAAAAAUGAACGGUUGUUCACGGAAGUUGUAUCAUUAAGUAUAUUGUAUCAACUUAAUUCUAUCGGAAUAUAAAUAAAGGAAUAUAGCGGUAUAUAAUUCUGUACAACUUUGUUUCUGAGAUUAGAAGAUAUCCUGUUUUAUAAAUUAUUUCUAAUUUCAUGGAAAAAUUUAAUUUUUGUUCGAGCUAUCAGACUAUGAAUUUUAUAUUAGACAGUUGGACUAUUCUCUGUUUUGUCUAUGUUGCCGUUUGCACUUCGCUUUGACAGACGUUAAACGAAGUCUACAUGAAUGAUAAAAUACUUUUAUUAUGUAAAAUAUUUUUAAACGAGUAAUAGAUUUUUGAAGGAAUAAAAGUAUUGUUAUAUCGAAAAAACAUGACCGAAAAAUUGCGAAGAUAUGAGAAGAUUGAUUUCUUAGGAGAAGGACAGAUUAAAGUUGGAAGUCGCGCAGAAGCCAAGGAUGGGAUAAACAGAACCGCGUUACGAGAAAUUAAAUUGUUGCAAGAAUUAAAACACGACAAUGUGAUAGGUUUAUUAGAUGUAUUUGGUCACAAGUCAAAUGUCUCUUUGGUGUUUGACUUUAUGGAUACAGAUUUGGAAAUAAUAAUAAAGGAUAAUAAUAUAGUGUUAACAGCUGCAAACAUUAAAGCUUAUAUGAUUCAAACUUUACAAGGAUUGGACUAUUUGCAUUAUAAUUGGAUACUCCAUAGAGACUUAAAACCAAAUAAUUUGUUAGUUAACUCAGAAGGUGUUUUGAAAAUUGGUGACUUUGGUUUGGCCAAGUUUUUUGGCUCGCCAAAUCGAAUAAAUACUCAUCAAGUAGUAACAAGAUGGUAUAGAGCACCUGAAUUGUUAUAUGGUGCAAGAUUGUACGGAACUGGAAUUGACAUGUGGGCAGUCGGUUGUAUAUUAGCAGAAUUGUUAUUACGUGUACCAUUUUUACCUGGGGAGUCUGAUUUGGAUCAACUUACUAGAAUAUUUCAGACAUUAGGUACACCCACUGAAGAAACUUGGCCUGGAAUGACUGAAUUACCAGAUUUCAUUCAGUUCAAACCUUUCCCUGGUACGCCGUUGAAACAUAUAUUUACUGCUGCUAGUGAUGAUCUCCUAGAUUUAAUUGCUAGUCUGUUAAAUGUGAACCCUUUGGAGAGAUGUACAUGCGACCAAGCUCUUCAAAUGCCAUAUUUUAGUAACAAGCCUGCACCAACUUCUGGUGCAAGAUUACCUCUUCCUACAUCUGUAAAACGUCAACCAGAAGAGAAGCCCAGUUUAAAAAGGAAACUAUUGGAAUCGAUGGAUGGUGCUUCCCUUGCGAAAAGAUUACAAUUUUAACUAUAAAUUGAACUAGAAUUAAUUAUUACAGGGGACAAUUCAUUAUUAUUUUUCUUGCUCUUGAGUUACAAUGAAUCACCAGUAUAAUAUAUAAUCGAACAAAAAGAAAUAAAUUCAAAUCAUGAGUUACAAUAUCAAAAAACUACAAUGAAUUAUACUGCAGUAAUGUAUGAUAUACAGUCAAUGAUGUAUUUUUGUUACAAUUAUUAUACAAAUAAUUAAAAUCAAAUAAACAUUAAUUUUAUACAUUAUGAAUAUUGUAUGCCCUUGGAACAUAAUUAUUUAUAUUUGUACAAAAUUAAAAUAGGAUGGGAAUGUUAUAGGUCAAAAUAACAAUAAUACAUACUUGAAAAAUACAACAUUAUGCUGCAUUACUUUUAUUAACUUAAAAACUAGUAAGAAAUGUUUGAUACGUGAACAAUUUUGUAAUUUGUGAAAUAUUAAAUUUCAAUAGCAUAAAGAGGUGACUCGUUGAUAACAAAUUAUUAAAACUGUAAUCGCAUUCUGCAGCGUUUUCUGUAGCAAGAGUAAUUAUUAUUCAUUUUUCAUAAUAAGUACAAACAUUACCAGAUUUACUUGCUCUUGUUUCUAUUUGACGAUGUUCCACCAUUUUCUUUCUCGAAAAAAGUAUAAAGUAUAAAUAAUGUUCCUUCAAUACAUCCGGUUUAUGGACAAAAAAGAACAUAUUUAUCAUUUUUUCUAAAUUGAUGAUUUCGCAUUGCCCAUCUGUGAUGAGCUUGCACAUAGUUUUUUAUGAGUACUGCUCACGAUUGAUUGCAUCCUUUCAAUCAGCUUUUAAAAUUCGUGCAUGAUUUCAAUACACAUGUAUCUAUUACACACAUACAUAAAUCUAUUCAAUACUGAUGGGUAACAAAAACAUAAUACAAUUUUGUAAAGAUACAAAUUGUACAUAUCUUAUAUUAAUGCACAUAUUAACAUGAGUUGGCUACCUCUGAAAUUGAUGAAAAAGUGUUUCACAUUAAAAUCAUGAUAUAAGAAUAAAAUUAAUUUCAUAUUUUAAUAUAUUACAUAAAGCUAUAACAAAAUUUCUUGUUGUACAUUUAGUUACAUUAAAAGCAUAAAUUAAGACGACGUGUGCAUUUAAAUACUGAAGCAACAUUUAAUAUUUUUUUUACAUAUUUUGUUAGAUCCUGAUAUAGAAGUGAAAAGCUGGGAGUUCUACAGAAAUAAAACAUGAUUGUUUUAAGGUGUGUUAGAAGAUUACUAGUUCGUUAUACGGUACAUUUGAGGUAUGUAUGUAAAUAAUAAAAUUAAAUUCUAAUUUUACAAUAAAGUUAGAAUGUAUCAGAUAUCCGAUUUGGUUGGAAAGAAAAUUAUAAAUGUUUAAAAUUAAAUGAGCUUUCAAAUGUAUCUAAUCUUCUAAAACACCUUAAAACAUAUAAAUUAUAAAUUCAUUCUAACAUGUGGUACUGUGGUCCCUCUUAUUCAGACUGAACUAUAAGUAAUAACUAUGUAACACUUUUUUUUUAUGCAUAACAAACUUAAUUGUUUCUAGGAAUACAUGUCAAUAUUUAUGAGGUUCAAAAUAGUGAAAAAGGAUGAAAAUUACUAUUACUAUUAUUUUUAGUUUAGAUCAUAACAUAAAAACGUAAAGAUAAUCUUAGGAGAAUAAAUGAAAGAAGAAAUAGUAUUAAUAUAGUUCCAUGAAAAGAAAAACAGAAUCUUCUACGAAGAUAGUUUUUAGAUCAUUUUAGACAUUAUUCACUUUUUACAACACAAAUCUCUCUUCUCAUGCGAGUUAUUUACACAUAAAAAAAUAAUACACUUAACAGGUAGAUUUUACUGUACAUGAUGUAUAUACUUAAAGCAAUAUUUAAAUUUAUAAAAUUGAUAUUACACAGAGUGUAGUAUAAAAAAAAAAAGAAAAAAAA